UGUGUGUUGUGAAGUGGAGUUGUGCUGCGGGAAGAGGACGCCGGGUUUUAGGCGUUUGACCGCGGGGAAAUCCGCGCUCACACACGGUCUAUGGGAUGGAAGCGGGUACAGCGACAGCCGCAGCAGUUGGCCCUUAUGUGCCACCUCUGCAGCAGGUGUUCCAGGCACCACGACGACCAGGAAUAGGAACGAUCGGCAAGCCAAUUAAACUACUAGCCAACUACUUUGAAGUUGAUAUUCCGAAAAUCGAUGUUUACCAUUAUGAGGUGGAUAUAAAGCCAGACAAGUGUCCACGAAGAGUAAACAGGGAAGUGGUGGAGUACAUGGUUCAGCAUUUCAAACCUCAGAUCUUUGGAGACAGAAAGCCAGUGUAUGAUGGGAAAAAGAAUAUUUAUACAGCAACACUACUACCAAUUGGCCAGGAUCGGGUUGAUUUCGAGGUAACCAUUCCUGGUGAAGGAAAAGAUCGUAUUUUUAAGGUCUCCAUUAAAUGGCUGGCAGUAGUGAGUUGGAGACUGUUGCAUGAAGCCCUCGUCAGUGGUCGAAUCCAAGUUCCAUUAGACUCUGUUCAAGCACUGGAUGUAGCAAUGAGGCAUCUGGCAUCAAUGAGGUAUACUCCUGUUGGUCGUUCUUUCUUUUCUCCACCUGAGGGUUACUAUCACCCACUAGGCGGAGGCAGAGAAGUUUGGUUUGGUUUCCAUCAAUCUGUCAGACCUGCCAUGUGGAAAAUGAUGUUGAACAUCGAUGUGUCUGCAACAGCUUUCUACAAAGCCCAGCCAGUGAUUGAGUUCAUGUGUGAAGUCCUUGACAUAAGGAAUAUUGAUGAGCAGCCAAAGCCUCUUACAGAUUCUCAGAGAGUCCGUUUUACAAAAGAAAUUAAAGGUUUAAAAGUGGAGGUUACUCACUGUGGACAGAUGAAGAGGAAAUAUCGAGUGUGUAAUGUUACACGUCGGCCUGCCAGUCACCAAACUUUCCCACUGCAGUUGGAAAGUGGACAGACUGUGGAAUGCACAGUAGCGCAAUAUUUCAAACAGAAAUACAACCUGCAGCUGAAAUACCCACAUCUACCCUGUCUACAGGUGGGACAGGAGCAGAAGCACACUUACCUACCUCUUGAGGUCUGCAACAUAGUACCUGGGCAGCGAUGUAUCAAGAAACUCACAGACAAUCAGACAUCAACAAUGAUCAAAGCAACCGCACGGUCAGCGCCAGACAGGCAGGAAGAGAUUAGUCGAUUGAUGAAGAAUGCCAGCUACAACCUUGAUCCUUAUAUUCAGGAAUUUGGGAUAAAGGUGAAAGAUGACAUGACUGAAGUUACAGGCAGAGUCUUGCCUGCACCGAUUUUACAAUAUGGAGGCAGGAACCGAGCAAUUGCUACUCCAAAUCAGGGAGUGUGGGAUAUGCGUGGAAAACAGUUCUACAAUGGGAUUGAGAUCAAAGUCUGGGCCAUCGCCUGCUUUGCACCGCAGAAACAAUGUCGGGAAGAAGUACUGAAGAGUUUUACUGACCAACUGCGGAAGAUAUCUAAGGAUGCAGGAAUGCCAAUUCAAGGACAGCCAUGCUUUUGUAAAUAUGCACAAGGAGCUGACAGUGUGGAACCGAUGUUCAGGCAUCUAAAGAAUACUUAUUCGGGACUCCAACUUGUCAUAGUAAUUCUACCUGGGAAAACACCUGUCUAUGCUGAGGUGAAACGAGUGGGAGACACGCUUCUUGGAAUGGCCACACAAUGUGUUCAGGUGAAAAAUGUUGUGAGAACUUCUCCUCAGACACUUUCUAACCUCUGCCUGAAAAUCAAUGUGAAAUUGGGUGGAAUCAACAACAUUCUAGUGCCUCAUCAACGUUCAGCUGUGUUCCAGCAGCCUGUGAUAUUCUUGGGAGCUGAUGUCACACACCCACCAGCUGGAGAUGGCAAGAAGCCAUCAAUAACAGCAGUGGUUGGCAGCAUGGAUGCUCAUCCAAGUCGUUACUGUGCCACAGUCCGUGUGCAACGACCCCGUCAGGAGAUAAUUGAAGACCUUUCCUACAUGGUUCGAGAACUCCUGAUCCAGUUUUACAAAUCAACCCGUUUCAAGCCAACAAGGAUUAUUUUCUAUAGAGAUGGUGUCCCUGAAGGACAAUUACCACAGAUUUUACAUUAUGAGCUCCUGGCUAUUCGUGAUGCAUGUAUCAAACUGGAAAAAGAUUAUCAACCUGGAAUUACCUACAUAGUUGUCCAGAAACGUCAUCAUACACGACUCUUCUGUGCAGAUAAAAGUGAGAGGAUUGGUAAAAGUGGGAACAUACCAGCAGGAACAACAGUUGAUACUAAUAUCACACACCCAUUUGAGUUUGAUUUCUACUUGUGCAGUCAUGCUGGGAUUCAGGGCACCAGCAGACCUUCACAUUAUUAUGUAUUAUGGGAUGACAAUCGAUUCACAGCAGAUGAGCUACAGAUCCUGACGUAUCAGUUGUGCCACACUUAUGUGCGCUGCACACGCUCAGUCUCUAUUCCAGCACCAGCUUAUUAUGCUAGAUUGGUCGCAUUCCGGGCAAGGUACCACCUGGUGGACAAAGAACACGAUAGUGGCGAAGGCAGUCAUAUCUCUGGACAGAGUAAUGGACGGGAUCCCCAGGCACUGGCUAAAGCUGUACAAGUUCACCAGGAUACCUUACGCACAAUGUACUUUGCUUAACUCUCUGAAUAUUCAGUCACUUCAACUUACCAGCCUUCUGGACUAUAAGCAGCCAUGCAAGAACAUAUAAGCACCUUCUACAGGAUGUGUCUUGGAGGUUGGAAGGGAUCAAGUUGUAUUUUACAAGAGCAUUCUUCAAAGAACUAAUAACUGGUGGAGAAAGAUUGGCCAAGCAUAUUAUAGAUAUGACAAAAAACACAUUUCACAUUUAUGUUUUAUUUUUUACAUGUAUUUAUGCAAUAUAUUGAUGACUUAAUGUAAAGUUCAAAUGUUCACUGCCAAACUCCUUUUAGUUUUUAGACACGAGGAUUACAAAUGCUCAGAACGCAGCUACUUCAAUUGAAUUGUUCAAGGGUUAAAAAAAAUUCCACAGGUCCAAAAGCUGAACCGUUCAACUUAGUCUGAAGAAGGGUCUCGAUCCGAAACGUUGCCCAUGUCCUUCGCUCCAUAGAUGCUGCCUCACCCGCUGAGUUUCUCCAGAAUUUUUGUCUACAUUCGAUUUUCCAGCAUCUGCAGUUCCUUCUUAAACAACCGUUCAACUUAGUGCCUGGACUAGUAAUUAUUUGAAUUUGUAAGUCUGAUGGACAUUUUCUUAACUUGGCACCAAACUAAUCAAUCAUUUUCAACCUGUUUAUGUUCUUUUGACAUUUUUUUUUAUUGUGCUUUCGUGUUUCAUCCAAGCAAGUACAGAAAAUUGUGUAUAUACACAAUCGAAAGAGAUCUUAAUGUUAUGUGGUCACUUUCUAAAGUCUGGACUUUAGAAAGUUAUUAUGAAUAUAUGGAAACGCUAAUAAGUCUUGAAUCUGAGGUAGAACAAAUGGAAACUUGUAAAUUAUUUUUUUUAAAUAUCGCAUUAAGUAACGUACAAGGUUGCAAUGGCUGCUCUUCACUUUUACUGAUAUUGUGAGCCACUCCUGCACAGACCCUUUUAUACAUGGGGGUUGAAUAUGGCAGCAAUGAAACAAGUAGAUUUAUAGAUUCAGUUUUAGCAGAUAGUUGAAUGAAUAAAGCAGAGUCUGGGGUCUUUUUAAGAAAUUUUUGAAUGAUCUUUAGCUAUUCAGCAGAAGAAUUGCACGUCAGCUGAACUCGCACAGUAAUUCUCUUUGGAAGCUGCUAAUUAAUUGAAAGCACACAUGGAUGAAUAAGAAGCAUAGUUUAAAUCCCUUUUUUAAGUCAUUUACUUCAAAGGAUUGAAAUUCCAUUUUUCUAUAAAGUAAACCAAUACAAACGUUGAAGUAUGUAAUUGCUAUUUGGAUUUAUAAUCAUCUUGCUCGUAUUGACAUACACAUUUUUUGCUGGCGAGAAGGAUAUUAUUAUGCUCUAAGAAAUUUUCACUGAAGGUAAACUUUAGAAUUGGUUUUGUAACCUACUGCCAAUAUAAAAACCUGUUGAAUGCGCAUCACCUGAUUAAGGUGUAUGAAAAAUGCUUUCUAUAUUGUUCCCUGAUGGUGCAAAUACUUGUAUUCUUUGAGGAGUUCCCCUCCUCUACAGGUAUUAUAUUUUAAUUUAUUGGACCAACCAUUCUGUGAAACCACUAAAUAGAUUUUGUGCAGCUUUACCAUUUGAUUCAUAAAUUGAGAUGUACAAAUUUAGUAAAGGUAACUUUUCCUCCUUUUCUUGCAAGGAUCGAGUAAAUGUUCCAACACAUAUCCCAAUGCUAUAUUUACAGACUUCAGUAUACAUCGAGGUAUGUGUAAACCCAAAAAAGCAAGUUUUUCCACAAUAUUUGCUCUACGAUUUGGUAUUCAUUUUGGGAUAUCAUUUUAUAUUCACCAUUUGCACAGGAGCAUAAAGAUUGAAAAUUAGGCCUAGAAGCUGUACAAAUACUAUGUUCCAUAUUAAUAGAGCACUACAAAUUGACAGUAAAUAGUUCUGCCAUUAAAAAAGUAAUACAGCUAAAAUUAUCAAGAGUAAACCAUGAGAGAGCAUUUCACAACCCUGAAUUUUAUUUGUGAAACUUAUUGAUUUCAUCCCCACCCUGUUCAACUUUCAUCCUUAAGGAGACGAUUUGUAGAAAUGAGUUCUGUAUAUGUUCCCUGAUGUUUGAUAUCUUGUGCCACAUGCUACAUGUUUAUGAAUGAAGGAAGUGUUAAAUAUCAGGGUCAUGAUUCCCAUCCCAUUCUAUCUCAGUAUAACCAAACUUGCUUGCAGCAGCAAUGGUUGCUUUGUAGCAACUGAGACCCUAACUGAUGUGCCCUUUUCUGGAUAAAGUCAUUCUUUACCCUGCCAUCCUCAGCUGCCUCUGUCUGAACUUCAGAAAAACAAAUAGAAGAUUCCCAGUCUGCUCAAUUAUUCCUUUGCCAGCUGUUUUCAUGGGAACAUUUGCGUUCUUUAUCUGAACAACCAAGUGCAAAGUAUCACUUCAGCAGCAUUGUCAAACAAAAUAUGUCAAUGAGCCACAUACAAAGAUGUUAUGGGAGAUGAACAUAAGAUUAAUCAAAUGUUAGGUUUGAGGAGUGUUUGUAGAAUGAGGAUAGAUGGGAGUUUAGGACCCUGCAGAUAAUGGCAUUUGACAAACAAAAGAAAAUAUAUUUGUGAAUGAUCUAAAGCCCAGAAUUCAAGGAGUGCAGCUAUCUUAGAGCCAUACAGCACAGAAACAGGCCCUCCAGCCCAACCUGUCCAUGCCGACCAUUAAAUGACUUUUAAGUGUUGUUAUGGUAUCAGCAUCAACUACCACCUCCGGCAGCUUGUUCCAAAUAUACAUCUGUGUGGAAAAGGUUGCCCCUCAGUUUCUUAUUAACUCUUUCCCCUCUCACCUUCAACCUUUGUCCUCUGGUUCUUGUUUUGUACACUGCAUAAAAUAUUCUGUUCACCCUAUCUAUUCCCCUGAUUUUAUAAGAUCACCGUCGGUCUCCAACAUUCCAGGGCAUGAAGCCCUGGCCUGUCCAACCUCUUCCUGUAGCUCAGGCCCUCAAGUCCUCUAGGGUCCUUGAGUCCGAAUCUUGUAGAGUCCUAGGGCUGGGCAGAUUAUAGAGAUAGACGGACACACAAUUAUGGAAGAUUUUAGGGUAAUUUUGAACAAUUGCAUAAAAGUAAAUUGAAAUCGACGUAAGAUUAAAUCUGAUGUCUGUAAGAGGCAAAUUACCGCCUCAAUUUAACCCUUUCUGUCUUUUAUAGCUGGCCAUAACAGAGCUUUAUGUUAGUGGCAUCUCUCAGGUAAUUGGCAUGCAAUGCACAUAGAGUUGGGAAAUUCUUAUGAAUUAUUUCAGUGUAGAGUAAUGGAUAAGAUGCACUUGAUGAGGUAUAUGGUUUAACCUUAAAGCACAACAGAGGGGGUCAUCAAACUCCUCAUAAAAGAGAGCAUGAUUGACAUUACUCAAGUAUGUUCAAUGUGCCUAGAUACAAUCUGUAAACUAUAAGAUUUUCACAUGGUUGUAAACAAUGUCACAAGUCCUAGAAAGGUUGUAAUGUGGUGUUACUGCAACACAUUGCCAGUUGGAGUUUACCUGACUUUAGCUUGGACACUUUGGAAGAGGAAAAUUAAACCAGGCUGGGUUACUAUUGUUUAUCCCACAUAUAUAUUGGGGUACUUACAGAAGCCUGGGAGCGCAUCACUAUUUCUCCUUGCAGCAAAUAAGGGAUGUGUAACAAGAAAAGCACAAAUUAAUUUCAAAUUACAUGAAUUUAAUUCUCCCUGCUGCCUUAAAUAGUGGAAUUCUAACUCCGAAAGGACUUGGUUUACGAAGGUUGAUUAAGUACAUAUCUUUAUACUUAUCUAAUGCAGGUAAAGAACGUCUAUGUGAAAAUGGGCUUUCCCAAUAGCUUAAAUGUAUUCAGCAAACUACUACACCUCAAAUUCCUUUGAUACUUGUUGUGUUAGUCAAUUCUAAGUGGGUGUGUAAUUAUCUUUGUAUUAGGGACCUGCUUCAGGUCACGAUCAACCAACCCUUGCUAAGAAUGCAGUGGUAUAAGCAGCAAAAUUGGGAUUGGUAAUGGUGCCUUUCAUUGUCUAAUUGCUGAAAAGAUGGAAUUAUGGAACUGGAAUAAAAAGUCUGUGCCUAUAAGGGUAAAGUUCAAAGCUGCAAAGAGAGAGAGAGAAUGAUAAUCUGGUAUUUCUUUAAACAGAAGUUAAAAGUAGCUUGAAACAUUUUCAUCUCGGCAGCAUCAGUCGGCAGUGUAUGAGAUGAUCCAAUCCUCAGUAAGCUCAUAACUCAUCAAUCCAAUCAUCUAACUUUACUUCCUGUGAAGUGGAGAAUGAGCCCAUUCAUUCCCAAGCCAUGUCUGUGGAAAUUCCUAUUGAAAUAAAAUGCUCAGCUAAGGUGUAGCCUUGAUGCUGGGUGUUAUACUUGAGAAUUUACUGAGGCAGAGUAGUUUAUUUUCUUACACUGAACCAAUAUACUGAAGUUAACAAUAUUUAUAAUUUUCUAUGUUUCUUUUCCUUGCUGCACAAGUGUUUUAAAAAAAAUAAAAUGAUUUGAAG